AUGAUGCCGAUAACCGAUCGAGAAAUCUCCCCGGAAAACAACAGAUACCCGUUUUGCAUCGUCUGGACACCGAUUCCAUGUCUUACUUGGUUCUUCCCGUUCAUCGGUCAUAUGGGAAUUGCGAAUAGUCGUGGUGUGAUUCGCGAUUUCGCUGGCAGUUAUUAUGUGGCGGAAGACGAUAUGGGCUUCGGAUGGCCGACUAGAUACUGGCAAUUGGCGCCGGAGCACAUGGAAGCGGGAUACGAUGGAUUCGAUCAGGCGGUUCAAGAAGCUUCCGAUGAGUAUAAGACAAGAAUGCACAAUCUAAUCUGCGACAACUGUCACUCGCAUGUCGCGUUGGCACUCAACAAAAUGCGUUAUCAGGAUCGUGAGGACUGGAAUAUGGUCAAGUUGGCAUGGUGCAUGUUGACAAAGGGAUCAUUCGUCCGUAACACUGACUUCCUCUCUCAAUACGUUCCAUUCAUCAUCAUUCUCAUCAUUUUCAUCGCAAUCGCCUGUUUUUUCUGA